UUGAUCCCGAGUUCGACUUUGUAAUUUGAGUCCGGUAAUUGUACGAGUUGGCACUCACACGCCGAUCUUUUCACUCUUUCCAUUUCCCUCUACUAUGACGAGAAUGGCGAUCAAAACCUUCGGGGUUUUAUUCUUCGCACUACUCCUUGCCUCCCCUAUCCUGCAAGUUGUUAGGUGUCAAUCUGAAGCCGAGGCAGAUGUUACAGAAGCUGCAGAAGGAGGUGAACUCGGUGUUGUUGGCGAUGAUGUUCAAGAUUUUGGUCAUGGGAAUUUUGACUCAGCUCUGGGAGUUGAAACUGUCAGUCUUUUCCCAAAGAAUAACGCCAAAUUGGUUAAGGCCGGAGAAGACACUGAACUACUUGUUGGGAUGGAAAAUGUUGGCGAGUCACCCGUGAAUGUUAUUUCCGUCACAGCCAGUGUUCAUCUCCCUUUUGAUCAUCGUAUGCUUGUUCAAAACCUAACAACACUGGCCUUUAACAAUGCAACUGUACCCCCUUCAAAGCAAGCUACUUUCCCUUACACAUUUGCGGUUAGCAAGUACUUACAGCCUGGAACUUUCGAUCUUGUGGGUAUAGUUGUCUAUGAGAUUGACCAACACCCAUAUCAAACUACAUUCUAUAAUGGUACCAUUGAAGUUGUUGAGGCUGGUGGUUUCCUGAGUGUGGAGUCCGUUUUUCUUGUUACCCUUGGGAUUGCUCUUCUCAUUCUCCUCGGUUUAUGGAUUCAAGGCCAAUUUCAGCGUAUCUCCAAGAAAACUAAGAGGGCUCCAAAGGUCGAAGUCGGAACCGUGAGUAGAGAUGCCUCAUUGAACGAAUGGCUUCAGGGAACUGCUUACACUCGAGCAGCUUCCAAAUCCAGGAAGAAGUAGAUGGGUAGGGGCUUGUGAAGUCGGGCUAAUUGUAAACUCAUUUCUAGGCAUUUGGAGAGUUUUAAAGUGAGGGCACAAAUAGUUUGAGAAUUAGGCCAGAAAAAAAGGCAUAGCUUGCUUGUUGUAGCAUGUGAAGGAUCUUUUUUCCUAAAAAGACUUCAUAUUUAAUUUUAACGAGAUUCUGAAAUUGAGCCUUUUUGAA